AUGGCUCACUACUUGGGUGAAGGAUGGUCGGAACGUAAUCAAAUCCCCACUGUUCAGCAGUAUGAAGCAGAGGUACGCAAGCGCGAUGGCGAGGAAGAGUCCUCGACUUUCUCCGACUUCUUUUCUCGCUGGACGCGGCCCUCGGAGAACAAGACGGAUGGUGUGCCCUCCGAGACGGGAAGCAACUUGCCUGCCUACGCGACUCGCCAGAACAAUGGCCCGUAUGGCGGCGAGGAUGAUGAAGCGCCUGCCAAGUCGGGCAUGCAGCAAAGCGUCUCGGGUGCCGGCGUGUCUCAGCAGUCCCAGGCCGCCAAGCCGCUCAACGCAGACUCUUUCAAGGGUACUCCGACGAACUUAAACCAGUAUGGCAGCUCGCUUAGUGCGCAGCCGAGCACUGGUUCGGCCCAGCCGCCGAUCCGUCUGUCCAGCCAGCAGUCGGGCGCGGGCUCUGACGCACAGAGCCAGCUUUCUCGCACACAGAGCCAGUUCUCUGGAGCUCAAAGCCAGUACUCUGGUGCCCAGAGCCAGGCCAGUGGCGGAAAGGCCAGUGGUGCGAGUGGUGCCGAGUCGGGCAAGGGUCCGGAUGUCCCUCCUAAGGAGAAGAAGAAGAAGGAAGUGGUCAGCGAUGCUGGUGGAGGCGAGGAAGAGAAGCAGCGCAUCAAGGAGGCUGCCGAGAACAGCAAGAAGAAGACCACCAACCAGUUCACUGCCAAGGGCGAGCGCGUUGUGGACGACCCGAUCACUGGUCGCGAUGUCGUGAUCCGCGACGGCAAGGGGAAGAGUGAUAUUGACCCGAAGCAUCUCGACGCGCGCUACCCCGGCGGCUACUCGACCCACGAGCUUGGCCCCAAUGACGAGCAGCGCGAGCUGCACACGAAGCCGCACCCCGUCACGCCCUCGAACGUGCUCCUGCGCACGUACCCUGAGCCCGCGAAUGUCGAGGGCCUUUCGCAGCUCAAGGAGUCGUUUGACAAGCUGAGCAUGUAUUUGAUCGGUGCCGUGGUGUGUGUUUGGGCCAUUUCUGCAUUUGGCCGUGGCUGGAUCGCGUUCUUUAUGCGCACGCUUGUGCUGGGUGGCGUGGGCCUCGGUGCGUACAUGGCUGUCGGGCUCGCCUACAACAAGAUCGCGCGCCAAUUUGAGCACGUCCGUGCGCAGAUGCACAAGCAGCGCGGUGCGCAGUACUCGCCCCCGAUGCCCGAGAGUGUCGAGUGGCUGAACGCCGCGAUCGCAUGUGUGUGGAAGCAGAUGAACCCCGAGAUGUUUGUGUCCAUGCUCGAUAUGGUUGAAGAUAUCAUGCAGAGCUCGCUGCCUGGCUUUAUUCAGUCCGUCAAGGUCUCCGACUUUGAUCUUGGCGAGAACCCGUUCCGUUUGAUUGCGAUGCGUGGUCUGGCCGACAUCAUGACCGACCCCGAGUAUCCCCGCCGCACUUGGAUUGAGCACAGCGAGGGCCAGAGCGAAGGCCAGCCCCAGGAGGACAAGGAGGAUGAGACCGAAGGUCUCACCGGCGAGGCGGGCGAGGAGGUAAAGAAGGCCAAGGAGGACGACGAGGCUGGCGACUUUUUGAACAUGGAAGUGAGCUUCUGCUACUCGGCUCUUUCGGGUGAGAGCUCCAAGGACCGUUCGAAGAACAUUCACAUGCUCGUCGAGUUCUUCCUCGGUGCCUUUGACUGGAUCGAGAUCCCCCUGCCGAUCUGGGUGCAGGUCGAGCACAUCACCGGCACGGUGCGUGUGCGUGCGCAGAUCACGUCGGAGCCGCCGUUCCUGCGCAACCUGACCUUUUCGCUGAUGGGUGUCCCGAGUGUCCACAUUAGUGCCAUUCCCAUGCUUCGGGCCCUGCCCAACGUCCUUGACCUGCCGCUGAUCUCCAACUUUGUCCAGUCCUCGAUUGCCGCGGCGUGCAACAUGUACGUUGCGCCCAAGAGCAUGACGAUGAACAUGACGCAGAUGCUGAGCGGCGACGGUGUCAAGAAGGACACUGACGCGCUCGGUGUGCUCAUGGUUAACAUCAAGUACGGUCAGGAUCUUUCGUCGCAGGACGUGAAUGGCAAGUCGGACCCCUACUGUGUGCUCAGUUUCGCCAAGUUUGGGCGCCCGCUGUACGCGACGCGUAUCAUCUUUGAGGAUCUGAACCCCGUGUGGGAGGAGACGGCGUUCCUGCUUGUCACACGCGACGACCUGCGUUCGGGCGAGAGUCUUUCGCUGCAGCUUUGGGACUCGGACAAGCGCAGUGCCGACGACAUUGUCGGUCGUGUGAACGUCCCCCUGCGCGACUUGGUGCGCAACCCGAACAAGCUCCAGUCCCACCUGUCCGACCUGAUGGGCUUCGAGGACGCGGACCAGAUGCAGGGCCAGCUCAGCUGGUCGGCUGGAUUCUUUGAGAAGGCCAAGCUCAACAAGGAGCUCUCCACCGCCAAGGACGACAAGGACGAGUCGCAGACCGAGAAGGAGAUUGAGCGCAAGCCCUCGCCGAUCGACUCAGAGGAGGAGGCGGCGAGUCUCCAUGUGCCGCCUGAGCGCAAGUGGCCGUGCGGUGUGCUGAGCGUGAUUGUGAAGCACAUCAACGGCCUCGAGAACCGCGAGGUGGAGAAGGGUGUCUCGACCUCGGAUCGUGAAGGCACGGCCGGCCAGGAUGUCGAGGAGAACUUGGGUGGCCUUCCGUCGAGCUACUGUGAGCUGAUUCUUAACGACAACCUCUUGUUCAAGACGCGUGUGAAGCAGUACUCCAACAUGCCCUUCUUCAACGCGGGUACCGAGAUCUUUGUGCGCGACUGGACCGAGGCCGAGCUGCGUGUGAUUGUGCGUGACGCGCGUCUGCGUGAGCACGACCCGAUCAUGGGCAUUGUCUCGCUGCCGCUCACCGAGGUCUUUAAGGAGUCCUCGCAGGUCGACCAGCAGUUCAGUCUGCAAGACGGUGUCGGCUACGGCAAGGUCUCGCUUAGCCUGGUAUUCAAGGCGGUACGCCUCUCGAUUCCUCGUGAGCUGCGUGGCUUCAACACGGUCUCGGUGGACAUUCUGAGCAACAUUGAGAUCGAGAGUGGCUCCGAGUCGUGGAAGAGCAAGCUGGCCGAUCUGAAGCUCAGCAUCACGGCCGGCCUCUGGUCCAAGAAGCUCUCGUCGCUGAACAAGCUUGCCCAUCUCACCGAGGACGAGCCGCUCAUUUCGGUUCCCGUCUUUGACCGCUACUCGACGCUCGUCUCGUUCGACUUUGGCCGUCUGCCGAUCCCCGGCAUGUCGGGCAUCACCAAGCCGAUCCCGGGUGUGAACAAGCCGAACGCAGUGGCCGUCCUGCCGCUGCGCGACUUGGAGGACGGCCAGGUGACCGACGUGGUGCUGCCUGUGCUGCACGCGAGCAACGUACAUGCACUUGAGCGCAACUAUAUCGACCACCAGACCAAGAAGACGCAUGACUUUGAAGAGGUCGCCACGAUCUCGAUGCGCCUUCGUGUCAACGCGGGUCUCUCCGAGGCACACCGCGAGAUCGCCACCGGCCCUCGUGACCGCCACGAGUUCGAGGUGUACGAGCGCCUGGUCGGCCUGCCCCAGCGUGCCGAAGACAACUCGCACGCGGACGACGACGGCAUCAUCUCCCGCAAGGAGCGCCGCGCGAUCAACAAGACGCAGACGCAGCAGUUGCACAUGCGCCACCGCGGCGCGAUGGGCUACACGCCUGUGCGUAUGGCCAAGUGGGCCAAGGACGGCUUCAAGGACCACGUGAAGCAGCUCGGCGGGGCCGUCAUCGGAAAGGAAAAGCGCGACCAAUCUAUUUUGUCCGAAUCGUAG